GUGUGUUUGAUGGAUAUGUCGAGACUUAAAUGGAGGUAGCAGAAGAUUGCAGAUACCGUGAGGAGAGAGAGAGAGAGAGAGAGAGAGGGAGGGACGAACCAUGGCGGCGUUGCAGAGCGAGACAGAGCUGUAAAUUCCAUGGCCCUUUAAUGCAAAGAGUAGAGAGAGAGAGAGAGAGAGAGAGAGAGAGAGAGAGGGAGAACAGCGAAAUGAAUUGAAGGCUCUGCCACAGAAUCGUCCGACGUGUGUCUCGCGAAAAAACCCAUCAGCAAUUACGCACACCCAACUCCCUCUUACCAUUAUAAUCCAUUAAGCCUCGCUAACACAAACAACACCCAUUUGAACUGUGUUUGAAUUCUCCAUCUUCUAGGGUUUUUCGACUUGUGGAAGAGGAAGGAGGAGGAAGAUAGGAGGAUCGUGUGCUCUGAUAUGGAUUUGAAUUCCCGGUCGGAAUCAAGAUUUGCCCGGUCAAUAGUCGCGAAAUGGCUGGGUUCAUUCCACUAGGAGGAGGAGGAGGAGGAGGAGCUGCUAGAUCAGCAGCAGGAGAAGGAGGAGGAGAUCAGCAGAUCAACCACCCACAAGCCACGGCCGCUACCGAGAUUCCUUGGUUCUGGUACUCAAGAAGCAACGCGGACGACGUCGGGACGUCUUCGGCUUACAAGGGUUUGGAGCUAUGGCAUCAAAACCAACCGCAAACCCAACCACAGCUACACUUCUUCUCGCAGCAGCAGCAGGAUCUCUACGCGUCGGCCGCGGGCCUCGGGGUGGGGCCAAGCGGAGGCGGCGGCGGCAGCGGUAGAGCCUCGAUCAACGUGUUCUCCGACGAGAGCUCGAGAUCGGGAGGAGGCUUCACGACAUCGACCUCGGCGGCGACAACAGGCGGGGGGGUGAGAGGGGGAAUCAGUUGCCAGGACUGCGGCAACCAGGCCAAGAAGGACUGCCCGCACCUCCGCUGCCGGACCUGCUGCAAGAGCCGCGGGUUUGAGUGCUCGACCCACGUGAAGAGCACGUGGGUCCCUGCGGCGAAGCGGCGGGAGCGGCAGCAGCAGCUCGCCGCCCUGAAGGAGCACCAUCACCACCACCCGGAGCAGCGGCUGCAGCUUCGAGGCGAGGCCCCGAAACGGCAGAGGGAUGAUCACGGGAGGCCUAACACCUCAGGGUUGGAGUUAGUCGGCAGCUUCCCAGCCGAGGUGAGCUCUCCGGCGGUGUUCCGGUGCGUGAAAGUGAGCUCCGUCGACGACCCCGACGAGCAGUUCGCGUAUCAGACAGCUGUGAACAUCGGAGGUCACGUCUUCAGAGGGAUUCUUUAUGAUCAUGGACCCGAUCACCCCGCUUACACCAAUGUGGCCGCCGGAGACUCUUCUUCCGGUGGUGGUGGUGGAGGACUAGUUCAGCCUCUCGACCUCAUAACUGCUGCAGCCACCGCGGCCGCAUCCCCCAUCACCAAUGCCGAGAGUGUGCACGUGCCAUCCGCGACGGCACCGUUCUUCGACACGUCUUCUUUGUACCCGCCUCCGAUCAGCACAUACAUGGCCGGUACGCAAUUCUUCCCACACCCAAGAUCUUGACACAAACAUCACAUUCGUUGCAUUAUAACUCUUAGUCAUAACCCUCUCUUCUCUUCUUUCACUCUCUCUCUCCCUCUCAAUAUGAAAGGAGGCAAAAUCUUUGAGAGAAUGUCAUUGCUGUUGUAGUAGAAGUAGGAGUAGUAUGGUAGCUCAUCAUUUCACAAAUCCGUUUGAAAGAAGGGUAGAGAGAGAGAGAGAGAGAGAGAGAGAGAGAGAGAGAGAGAGAGAGAAUGUGGAAGACAUAGGUUUUGGUUACGAUCUUUUGUUUUUCUUCUCCUUCUUGGGAAUCAUUGAAUCUUUGUACGAGAUAACUUCAAUUGUUUGUGCUC